AUGGCGUUAGGAGAUUUGGAAUCAAGAUAUGAAAUAAUCAGCUCUGGAAAAAUGUACAUUUAUACAAAACAUUCAUCUCUUACUCUACAGCACAGAAUUAAUAAUGGAGAGAAACCCUAUGAAUGUAAAGAAUGUGGGAAGACCUUUAGGCGUCCUACAGACCUUAGAGUACAUCACAUAAUCCAUACUGGUGAGAAACCAUAUGAAUGUAAGGAAUGUGGCAAGGCCUUUAGUCGUCUUACAGAUCUCAGAGUACAUCAGAGAAUUCAUACUGGUGAGAAACCCUAUGAAUGUGAAGAAUGUGGGAAGGCCUUUAGUCGUGCCUCAAACCUUGCUCAACAUGGAAGAGUUCACACUGGUGAGAAAUCCUAUGUAUGUCAGAAAUGUGAGAAGGCCUUUAGUGAUGUUGGAACACUUAGAAUACAUCAGAGAAUUCAUACUGGUGAGAAACCCUAUGAAUGUAAGGAAUGUGGGAAGGCCUUUAGUCAAGCCUCCAAUCUUAUACAACAUGACAGAAUUCACACUGGUGAAAAACCCUAUGAAUGUAAAGAUUGUGGGAAGGCCUUUAGUCAUGCCUCACAUCUUGUUAGACAUGAGAGAAUUCACACUGGUGAGAAACCCUAUGCAUGUAAAGAAUGUGGGAAGGCUUUUAGGAGUAGCCAUCAACUUACUAUACAUCAUAGAUUUCAUAGUGGUGAGAAACCCUAUGAAUGUAAGGAAUGCGGGAAGGCCUUUAGUGUGUAUGGACGGCUUACUCGGCAUCAGAGUAUUCAUAGUGGUAAGAAACCCUUUGAAUGUAACAAAUGUGGGAAGUCCUUUAGACUCAGUUCAAGCCUCAAAGUACAUCGGAGUAUUCAUACUGGUGAGAAGCCCUUUGAGUGUAACAGAUGUGGGAAGUCCUUUAGGCUUAGUUCAAUGCUUAAAGUACAUCACAGAAUUCAUACAGGAGAGAGACCUUAUGGAAUAUAUGUAUAUUGGCAGUGGGAAGAGGAAGGUCUGCGCAGUGCAAGGCAGAGCCGGCCACUCUCAGGUCCACAUCAGCCUCACCAGAGUGGCGCACUGGGCAGAGAAUUUCCUGCUGAAGUAUCUGGGUCUGGCUUCAAUGCAGAAAUGACUCUGCAGCUGAGACCCUGGGAAUUGGGUCCGGGAUUUGUGGACUCUGCUCUAAUGGCAGAGGAACCCAAAGGACCGGUCAGCUCUUGCAGGUCUAAAACCAUGGCCCAUGGAUCAUUGACGUUCAGCGAUGUGGCCAUAGACUUCUCUCAGCAGGAGUGGGAAGGUCUCGACCCUGUUCAGAAGACUUUGUACCAGGACGUGAUGAUGGAGAACUAUAGAAACCUCAUCUCACUGGGUCAUGCCAUUUCUAAGCCAGGUGUAAUUACCUUAUUGGAGCAAGGAAAGGAGCCCUGGAUGGUUGUAAGGGAAGAAACAAGAAGAUGGUGUCCAGAUUUGGAAUCAAGAUAUGAAAUAAUCAGCUCUGGAAGAAUGUACAUGUGUAUAAAACAUUCAUCUCUAAAUCUACAACACAGAAUUAAUAAUGGAGAGAAACUCUAUGAAUGUAAGGAAUGUGGGAAGGCCUGUAGUCGUCGUUCAGACCUUAGAGUACAUCAGACAAUCCAUACUGGUGAGAAACCACAUGAAUGUAAGGAAUGUGGCAAGGCCUUUCUUCGUCUUUCAGACCUCAAAGUACAUAACAGAAUUCAUACUGGUGAGAAACCCUAUCGAUGUGAAGAAUGUUGGAAGACCUUUAUUUCUGCUUCAAACCUUGCUCAACAUGUAAGAGUUCAUACUGGUGAGAAAUCCCAUGUAUGUAAAGAAUGUGGGAAGGCCUUUGGUCAAGCCUCAAACCUUUUACACCAUAAGACAAUUCAUACUGGUGAGAAACCCUAUGAAUGUAAGGAAUGUGGGAAGGCCUUUAGUGUGUAUGGACGACUUACUCAGCAUCAGAGUAUUCAUAGUGGUAAGAAACCCUUUGAAUGUAACAAAUGCGGGAAGUCAUUUAGGCUCAGUUCCGGCCUCAAAGUACAUCAGAGUAUUCAUACUGGUGAGAAGCCCUUUGCGUGUAAUAGAUGUGGGAAGUCCUUUAGGCUUAGUUCAAUGCUUAAAGCACAUCAGAGAAUUCACACUGGGGAGAGACCUCAUGGAAUAUAGAAACCUUAUGAAUGUGACCAGUGUGAGAAGGCCUUUAGUUGACAUACAGACCUUACAGUACGUCAGAGAAUUCAUACUGGAGAGGAGCCCUAUGAAUGUAAGCAAUGUGGAAAGGCUUUUAAUUGUGCAUCCAACCUUCCACAACAUCAGAGAAUUCAUACUGGUGAAAAACCCUAUAAAUGCGAGGAAUGUGGAAUGACCUUUAGUCGUAAGAUAGAUCUUAGAGUUCAUCAGAGAAUUCGUACUGGUGAGAAACCCUAUGAAUGUGAAGAAUGUGGGAAGGCCUUUAGUUGUGCCUCACAUCUUACUCAACAUGGAAGAGUUCAUACUGGUGAGAAAUCCUACAUAUGUAAUGAAUGUGGGAAGGCCUUUAGUCAAUGUGGAAGACUUAGAACACAUCAGAGAAUUCAUACUGGUGAGAAACCCUAUGAAUGUAAGGAAUGUGGGAAGGCCUUUAGUCAAGCCUCUCACCUUGUACAACAUGGCAGAAUUCAUACUGGUGAAAAACCCUAUGAAUGCCAUGAAUGUGAGAUGAUCUUUAGUCGUGGUAUAGAUCUUAGAGUACAUCGUAGAAUUCAUACUGGGGAGAAACCCUACAAAUGUAAGGAAUGUGGGAAGGUCUUUAGUUGUGCCUCAAAUCUUGUUCAGCAUGAGAGAAUUCAUACUGGGGAGAAGCCCUAUGAAUGUAAGGAAUGUGGAAUGACAUUUAGUCGUGGCUAUCAACUCAUUCCACAUCAGAAAAUGCAUAUUGGUGUGAAACUCUAUGAAUGUAAGGAAUGUGGAAAGGCCUUUAGUCAUGCUUCAGCACUUAUUCAGCAUGAAAGAAUUCAUACUGGUGAGAAGCCCUAUAAAUGUAAAGAAUGUGGUAAGGCCUAUUCUUAUUUAUUAUUAAGAAUGCAUCACAGAAUUCAUACUGGUGAGAAACCCUAUGAAUGUAAAGAAUGUGGGAAGGCCUUUAGUUGUACCUCAAACCUUGUGAGGCAUGAGAGAAUUCAUACUGGUGAAAAACCAUAUGAGUGUAAGGAAUGUUGGAAGGCCUUUAGUCAUGUUGAAAGCCUUAGAACUCAUCAUAGAAUUCACACUGGUGAGAAACAUGAAUGUAAAGAGUGUGGGAAGCCUUUUAGUAGUGGCCAUCAACUAAUUGUACAUCAUAGAUUUCAUAGUGGUGAGAAACCCUAUGAAUGUAAGGAAUGUGGGAAGGCCUUUAGUGUGUAUGGAUGACUUACUCGACAUCAGAGUAUUCACAGUGGUGAGAAACCUUUUGAAUGUAACAAAUGUGGGAAGUCUUUUAGGCUUAAUUCAAGUCUUAAAGUACAUCAGAGAAUUCAUACUGGAGAGAAACCUUAUGAAUGUAAGGACUGUGGAAGGGCAUAUAUGCAGUAG